GGUUACGUGCGGUUUCCCUCGCAGCUCCCCGCAUGAAUUAGCUUGUAUGAGAGAAGAAGGGAGGCACUGCCGCAAAAACCGACCGCUGCAGCUUCUGUGUCCGGACCGGCAGUCACGACAGUUUUCAGCGCCGACGGGCGGGUCCUGCGAAGCUUUUUAAAGACCACCUGAAGCUCCCAGCUUCUGACUCCAGCCUGCAGUUUGGGAAUCUUAAUAUCUGCCCAGGGAUCGCUCCAAAACAUUUCGAAAGAUGGAGAGGCAGGAAAAGCAGGUGACAGGUUAUCUCCUGUUCUCCCUCGCCACCGCCGUCAUCGGCUCUCUGCAGUUUGGUUACAACACAGGAGUCAUCAACGCUCCCGAGGAGAAACUAAAAUCUUUCUUCAACAUCACCUGGGUGGAGCGUUAUGGCAAGUACAUCGACCCAGGCGUUUGCACCAUUGUCUGGAGUGUUACUGUUUCCAUCUUCAGUGUGGGCGGCAUGGUGGGCUCCUUUAGCGUUGGCGUUAUGGCUAACCGGUUUGGCAGGCGUCGCUCCAUGAUUCUGGUGAACUCUCUUUCGGUGAUCGGUGGCCUCCUCAUGGGCUUCUGUACCAUCUGUUCCUCCUACGAGAUGGUGAUCGCUGGGCGUCUGGUCAUCGGACUAUUCUGUGGUCUCUUUACUGGCCUGACUCCCAUGUAUGUUGGCGAGGUAUCACCAACUCCACUUCGCGGCGCCUUUGGCACUCUGCACCAGCUCGGUGUGGUUGUGGGCAUCCUGAUCGCUCAGGUUUUUGGUCUGGAAGCUCUGCUGGGCUCAGAGAAGAUGUGGCCCCUGCUGCUGGCCCUUACUGUGGCCCCUGCUGUCCUGCAGUGCAUCCUGCUGCCUUUCUGUCCCGAGAGUCCCCGCUUCCUGCUCAUCAACCUCCAACAGGAGGAGCAGGCCCGCAAAGUGCUGGUGCGUCUGCGCGGGACUGAGGAUGUGAGCAAAGACCUGCAGGAGAUGAAAGAGGAGAGCGCCAAGAUGGCCAUGGAGAAGAAAGUAACCAUUGCUGAGCUGUUCCGUACGGCAGCGUACCGACAGCCCCUCCUCAUCGCCAUCAUGCUGCAGCUCUCCCAGCAGCUGUCAGGGAUCAACGCUGUGUUUUAUUACUCCACUGGGAUCUUUGCCUCAGCUGGAGUGAAGCAGCCCAUUUACGCCACCAUCGGAGCCGGCAUCGUCAACACCGUCUUCACCAUUGUUUCUUUGUUCCUGGUGGAGAAAGCCGGGCGCAGGACUCUGCACCUCCUGGGACUGGGUGGCAUGGCGGUCAGCGCUCUGCUGAUGACGGUCUCCCUCCUGCUGGACAACAUCCCUGCUAUGAGCUACGUGGCCAUCUUGGCUGUCAUGCUUUUUGUGGCUAUGUUUGAGUUGGGCCCCGGUCCAAUCCCAUGGUUCAUUGUGGCUGAGCUAUUCUCCCAGGGGCCCCGCCCAGCAGCCAUGGCUUUGGCCGGCUGCUGUAAUUGGACAGCUAACUUCCUGGUUGGAAUGAGCUUCCCCACACUUCAGGAGUGGUGUGGGCCUUUGGUCUUCCUCAUCUUCGCCGGCUUACUCGUCAUCUUUUUCAUCUUCACAUUCAUCAAAGUCCCCGAGACCAGAGGCAAGACCUUCGAUGAGAUCGCCCGCGGCUUUGGCGGCGCCCCGCCUCCUCCUUCCUCGUCCACCGAGGAUCCUCCUGCCAGUGCCAGCACAGCUGUGACCCUUCCUGCCUCGCCUGUGAAGGAGAAGGUCCCACUGGUGGAGGCACCGGCAGUAGCUACGUCUCCAGUGGCUGAGACCACACCUCUUGAAGCUAAACAGGGCAGCACAGCAGAGCACGUAGAGCAGGUGUAGAUGAGGUUUUCAUGGAUGAGGGAGGUUAUAAAUGAAGGAAGAUUCACAGCAAUUUUAGCUACACUGGACCUAUAGAAACUAUUUGAUAGCAGACCUAGAGAACAGCAUCAUCAGAUUAUGGGUUUUGGGCCUUUGAAUGGUCCGGCUUUCUGCUUUCAUGAUCGCACUGCGGACUUGUUUUUCCUGAGGUUUCCCACACUUUCUUCUUUUAAAUCCUCUCCUCCUUUGAACAGAAACAGGUUGAAUCUACUGUACAUUCCUAAGAAUUCAGCUGCGCUCAUUAAAAGGGUGGCUAGUUUUUAACACAGCGGUGUGUCCACGCAGGAUGACACACUUUUAAACAAAAGUGGAGCAGGUAUCAGGUAACGGUCCAGGCGCAAUGACAAGGUCUGAGGGGUGUGAGCGAGGUCACAUGGAUAGCAAUGAACCACAUUUUUUACAACUCACACAAUUCUGUUUAAAAGUUUAGAUACGUGUUGUAGUGGAGAAUGUAGUGCAGUGUGACUUGUAGCUGUAGUUUGUGUGUUACUGUAGUUUUUGUUGCAGUUUUGUAUCUGGAAGUGUUCUCAAAUCACAGGUCCAAAAGGACAUCUUUGAAAUGCUAGUCUCUGCCUUCAGCUUUUGAUUAAGAGCUAACAGAAAGCUUCGAGCAAAGCCAAAGAACUGCUGGACACAUGGGCUCAAACGAGGCUGUGUAGGGUGUGGAUUUCAGAGCAGACGCAGAUCAUGCUAACUCUGAAAGCCAGGGAGGCGGUCCACCAGUGUGUCUUUGUUUAGUUGGAGUUUGGCGCCACCCUUGGUAAUAACUGGUAAUUGCAGAGGCUUUCUGCCUCGUCUUUCAUGUUUGCAGUUGAUGGAGUUGAUGAUGAAUCACAAAUUUACUCCAAACAGUUUCCUACUGACUGGAAAAUAUAAGGAUAUAAUUAUUCUGUUUAAUGCACAUUGAAUAUUUAGAAAGGAUUAUUAUUUUAGGACAGUGGCCUGUAAACAAAAACACUUUCACUUAUUUUACAUGUUGAUCAUAGUGGGGUAAUGUGCAAUGUAUAUUACUUUGUUAAAGGGAAAGUUAUAAUAUUUAUUACCUUAGAAAUAAAUUUUUGUAUAGAGUAUAUAGUUAGAAAUCAAAUAAAGACCUGUAGUGCUUUCCACACUUGCCCGAGGUAUAAAGAGAGUCUGUAAUAAUGAGCUCUGCCUCCAUCACCUGAAGUGUAACCCAGAGAUUUAGAUGCAUUCAUGCACCUUGUUAAGCAGACAAGCGGCAACAUGAGCAAUAGAGCCAAAUUCAGCAACGUAGAAGUCACUGAGCAGCGCUUCAUGUCUAACCUACAGAAUAAUCUCAGACGUAUUUACCUUUUUAGAUUAUUCCUUAUAUCUGUCCAAACUGAUGUUAGAAUAGAUAAGAGAUGCAUUUAUUGAGCAAUCUUAAUCCUAAACUGUGUAUGAGCUGAUAAUGGGUUGAGGCAAUCAAAGGGGGAAGUGCUAAUACUCUAUGAAGAACGGGUAAAUGACGAUCAGUGAUAACACAACUGUCUCUGAUGGUUAUUGUGUUUGUUUUCACAAAGGGAGAAAUUUGCUUGGACUUUUUUGUUCUUCCGAAGUGAGGCAACAGUUUUUAUGUUUUCACAAAUGAACUGUAUAUGUGUGUUUGUAGUCAGUUUGAUUAUUUAUAUAAAACACUGCAAAGGACUGACUUUCGCUCUGCAAACACACCUGUGGAAGCGACAAGUCUGGAUGCAGGACUCGGUGAUUAGUGAGCAAAACCUUUUUUUCAGCAGACAAAGUGUUGAUGAAGUUUCUUACGUGCUCCAAAUCACCUUCUGAUUACAGGAGCACUCAGAGAACCGAGGUUACGAAGCCUCGCGUGCAUUAGUUCCAGCUUCUCAGCUCCCUCUGAGUUAAAGAGCUGAACCUGCGCUCUGCCUUCAGCACAGACUUCACGUUCCCUCAUGUCUGCUAACCUUAUCACAUGUGCGUCACAUUUGUUAACAUGACAUGAAGAACGUCUUCAAAUGCUUUAAAAAUCCUCUGAAUGGCUCUCAAAGCCCAAAUGCACUAAAACUGACUUUGACGCAGCAUUAUGAGCCAAAAAUUCUUUAUUAUUAUAAAACAACAAUCAGCCCUGUGAGCUUCAUGCUUUAAUGCUGGCUCCUAAAUAAUAAAGCUGACUUCUUGAAACGAUUGGAAUGAGGUCAUCUGUAUAAAUCUGAUGUGUUUCUGGCUUUAAUCACACGGGUCCUGAUCCUUUGUCUGAGGCAUUAGCUGUGUGUAGCAUUAUCAGCCAUCAUAGAUUUAUGAAUUGUAAACUCUGUAUAAUGUGUGUAAUGUAGACACAAAGCAUAUUUUCUAUAUUCUGUCGUGACUGCGUGGAUUCCUGUAGUUUCUUGAAAAAAGCUAUUUUCACUCAUGCUGCACAUUGAAGAUAUAUUUAUGUAUUUAUUGUAUUAUUUAUUUUGUGGACACACUGGGAGAAUAUUUGUCUUGACAAGUCUUCUUUCAGUGAGACCGGCCUGAUUUAAAGAGUGCUGAGCUCAUUCGGUGUGAUAUGAAGAGACUUAUGAAAUAUUCCUUGCAGUGAGGGGAUUGUCUGUGGAGUCAUGGCUUUGUGGUGUGUUGUGGGUGAUGUGGUGUGCUUGCACUGAGGGAGGUGUGUGCUGCCGUCCUCCUCGCUGGCAGUGUUCAGUGUUGUGUUUGGUCUUCUUUCACCCACACAGCUUCUUCAGUGGCACUGAACUGUAUCAGACCAGAGCCUGGUGUCUUCUCUCUGCGACACAGCCGGCUGUCAGGAGACAUCUUUGCUCUCACUCUUCUUAGCACUGAGGCCUCGUGGGGUUAAGAAACGAAUGAAGAGAUGUGUUUAAGAAAGCUCACGUGUUGCUUUGGAUGUGGAAAGAUUAGAUUUUGGUGUGCCACCUUCAAGACCAGAGCACGAGGCUGUUAUUUUACUGUGUUUCUACUGUAAUCUACAACAACAGGUUCCUGCUGCAAAAACCUUACAGUGCUGCGCUGCAUCUCAUAUACAACAUCCUCUGAUUGACCCUGCAGUGGAAAAAUGAAUACGGUUUGUUAAAGCUGAUUCAACAGGGCUUUGAAACUGGAUUCACCCUGACUCCACCCUCUGUUUGACUGCAGUGCAUCCCAAAUGUAUUUGAAAGGAUUUAAACGGAGCCAGGCUCACGCUCAUCCUAACAGCUACUUUAUGCACAUGUACCAACCCCAAACCUUCCAUUUACUGUACAAAGACGGUAUAAUUCUGAAUUUAUAAAUAUGUAUUUUUUAAAAGAGUAUUAUUUAUAUGUUGACUUUGGCCGUCAUAUGUGUGUCUGGUUCCUUUUUAAUUUGGGGUGCACAUUGUGAUUACCUCUCUGCUCCUCUAGCUCUGAGCAUCCAGCAGGUCUUUGUGUUGGGCUGCAGUUCUUCUGCUUCCUUUUCAGGAAUGCCAGUGAGCAGAAACUCCACAAAUGUGGAGGGUACCAACCCAGCCCUGAUCUCAGGUAACCUGAGAUCAGGUGGGUGUUCACUGGUUAAACAGUACACAAUCUGCCUGAGAAGAAGAGUCAAACCCUGACCAACACUGCUGUUAAUUUCCAUCUGCUUUACAUGCCUGCUCACAUUACACUCAGAGCCGUGCAGCAUCAGAUUGGUCACCACGUUGUUGCCCUUCAAAACUUUCACCGUAAAAUGUCCAAACUUUCUGUGCUUUAAGCCAGCAGCUCUGGUGAUAGUCAUGCAGUGUCCACAGGUCUGAAUCCGUCACCAAGCACCGUUUGGCUGUGCUGCUGUGAUCUUUGUUCUGUGUUUCUGAUGUCAGUGUGGUCCUCGUGUGUGUGUUGUUGCUGUGGAAAUUGAUGUUUGAGUGUAAUUCAGCUGUUUGUGCCUCUCUGUUAUUAAAUGUGUCUUUGUGGGAAAGGUUCCCUUUGCUUCCAGUGUGUUAGAAAGCACUCCCCGGGUUACCACGCGGUGCUUCGUUAGUGUUACCUGUGUAGUUCAUAUGCUCGAAGUGCAGUGAGUGUGUGACAGCCAGCGUCUGUAUGCACAGCAACAAUCUAAGCUAGUCUGAUGAAACCACAUUUCUUUUUCAUAUUUCUCUGCUCAGCAACAGUGCUGCACCCCAGCCAUUAUGGUUUGUACUGUACAAAACACUUAUGUUGUUAAAUUAAAGAUUCAUUGUGUAACCACA